AUGGUGAGUCGCGUGUACAGUGACAGCGACGACUCGGUCCACAGCGCAGAGGAUCUCUACAACGAUGACGAGUUCGAUGACGACGACGAUCCUGUUCCACAGCCACAACCACAGUCCCAGCCACGCUCUGCUUUCAGCAGAUUCAAUGAUGUCUUUGGUGGCUUCAACGAGCUCGGCGGUCUCGGCGGCUUCGCUGGCUUUGGUGGCCACGCUUUUGGCAGACCUCCAGCAUCUGCGUUUACUCAGCACUACAAGGCCUUCUCUGUGGCAAUGAUGGGUGGUAAUGAGCGUCCAAACCUACAAUACGGUGGAAAGAUCAUUAUGCCUCCUUCUGCUCUGGCGCGCCUGACAGACCUCGAAAUAGAGUCACCGUGGACAUUCGAACUCAGUCCAGCCAGAAACCCAUCAAAGAAGACCCACGCGGGUGUGCUAGAGUUUAUCGCUGAGGAGGGCAACGUUCAUUUGCCAGCCUGGAUGAUGAAGCAACUCGAGCUCGACGAAGGCAGUCCACUUAAGAUCUCCGGUGCAGCGCUGCCGAAAGGAAAAUUCACAAAGCUGCAAGCGCAGACGACAGACUUCCUUGAAAUCUCAGACCACAAAACAGUGCUUGAACGCGCACUGAGAAACUUUUCCACAUUGAGCAAGGGUGAUUACAUAGAAAUACUACACAACUGCAUCACAUUCGAAUUGCUUGUGAUGGAGAUCGAUCCAGAGUCUGACAGCCAGAGUAUAUUCAUCAUCGAUACAGACUUAGAGGUAGACUUUGCACCUCCGAAAGGAUACGUAGAGCCAGCACCUAAGGCACGGGAGCCACAGCCAACGAUGGCAUCCAAGAUGAAGAUAGAUACACGCGCUCAAGAGGACUCACCAUUGAGCAGCCGGCCAAACUCUACAGCGCCGGAGGUAUUCAAGGGAAGUGGACAGACUCUCGGUGGACGCAAAACGAAGGGCAAGGGAUUGGCCAAGCCAAUUGAAAAGGUCGACGAUUCGAGCAAAAUAUCGAGAACAGAUAAGCAGAGACACGUCACAGCCGACACGCUCGAAGAUGGCCAGAAAGUGCCAGCUCCUCUCAAUCUCCCAUUCGGCAAGUUGUUCUUUGGGUUUGAGUAUGUACCCAUCGGUGGACACAAGGAGGACAGCAAGCCUCCAGAGCCAUAUGGUGGGGGCACGGGAGCGACACUCUCAGGAAGAAGCGUGGAUAUCCCACCUGUGGCACCAGCACCGCAGCCCCAGCACAACGACGCGAAUAAGCAUGACAAUGAGUCUAAAGAAGACAACAGCGAUCCAUGGGCCAAGCUCGGCGCUGGAAACUCAUUGUCACAAAGACGCGACGUUAUCGACAUUGACUCUGACUAA